AUGAAACGAUGGUCCAAGACAGAAGAUGAAGAUACUGUGGUUUUUGAAUUUUUCCAUCCACCUUAUACCCUACCAAAAUUAGCCUUACAAGUUGCUACUGGCCUUAAUUUUUCUGUGGCUGUAUAUAACUGGUUUUUACCAGACAGCCAUUCAAUCUAUAAUAACCACAAGAGAUCACCGCAAUAUACCACCAUUUCCCCCUUUAUGUCCACUUCGGAAGGAGCUGAAGUUUGUGAAGGUCUCAUUAAAGAUGAACACACCUAUGCCAUGUGUGAAGAUCUGAGCCGGUCGGUUUCCCGUAGUAUUAUGAGACAUACAAUUCGCAUUAGGAGAAAGCAUUAUGACGUGGAUAGUUCACCAUUUCAGGCUCGUAUUUUCAUCCAAUCUAGUGAAAACAGUGAGUUGCUUUGCGAUGACAUUUUGUGUUCAAGUUGCAUGAAGCAGGAAAGAUCCUUGGUAAAAUCAAGCAGAGUAAUGCCAAGCGAACAGUUGAGCAACUCAAUAGUCUGGUUGAAGCAAUGAAAGAUUGGUCGCCACUGUGCAAAAACAAAAGUUUGUUUACAAGAAGCUUGAAGGUCGGAUAGCUGAAAUGUAGAAAGAAAGAAGAAUUGAAAAGAACAGCAUUCCUACUGGUGAGACCAUGGAAAAAGAUAUCUUGGCAAUUUUCGGUGAUGGUGGUGACAAAGUAACCCCACACACGAACGUUUUCUGGUAGCAACAAAGAAAACUACAAUCAAUGCCAAAAUUUUGAAAAGGUUGGUACCUUUUCAAAAUUUUGGCAUUGAUUGUAGUUUUCCCUCACUUUAUCCGUUUUUCCUGUCUGUUCACGCCAGUCCCCAGAGCUAGGCUUAUAGAGAACUGCAAGAUUCUGGUAUUUUAGUAUUCCAAGCGAAAGAACAUUAAAGGACUACCGGAAUUUUUUUAAACCAAGGGCAGGUUUCCAUCCAGAAAAUAUCGAAAGAUUGAGGAAUCAAACAGACCAAUAUUUUGACACCAGAGGUAUGUUAUUAUUUCAUUUGAUGAGAUAAAAAUCCAGUCAAAGUUGAUAUUUGACAAAUACUCCAAUGAGCGGAUUGGCUUUGUUGAUCUUGGAGAAGAAGAGUUGAGUUCACCUUGCAACACAUGCUCUGGUAUCUUUUGUUCGAGGUGCUGCCAAGUAUGCCCUCGGUUACUUUCUGACCAAAGAUGUUACAUCAUAUCAGAUAAUGCCCCUGUUUUGGAAAGUACUAUCUGUGCUAGAGAUGGAUUGCAAUCUCUGGGUUUGUGCAGCUGUCUCCGAUGGAGCCUCACCUAAUCGCCUUUUUAUUUUACGAGCUGCCAUGCUGAUCUGGUGGAACCAGGUGGUGACAUGCAAGGUAAAUUAUACACCCAACCUCUUUGCUCGAGGUAGGAACUUUUCUUUUUCUCGGAUACUCCACACGUGCUCAAGACAACGUGAACUGUCUCUAUAAAUCUGGCAGUGGCAAGCCGGUUUACAUCAGCUUCGACCCAGCGGCGGCGGAACAGAUUUCAUUCUGGGGGGGGCUAAAUUUUUUCGGCGACCUCCCCCCCCGUCGCCAAAAAAAGUUCGGUCAGUGUACCAUUUUAGGGGUACAAUAUACAAAAAAAGGGACGAAAAAAUUAUUUUCGGACUUAUAUCUAAAAAUUUUUUCCGAAAUAGACUUUUUUUAAACAAAAUAUUGCAAAUUUGUCCCCUCAUACCUAAAUUUUCAAAAAAUAACCUAAAUUUUUCCAUAAUUAUCAAAAUUUUUUCAAAAAAUUCAAAUUUUCUGGGGGGGGCUAAGCCCCCCCCCCCACUUUUACUUCUGGGGGGCUUUAGCCCCCCCCUAGCCCCCCCCCUGUUCCGCCGCCCCUGCUUCGACCCAAGUUGACUGUUGAUCACAUUAUCCUGAAGUCGUAUUCAAAGAUGAAAAUCAGCUUGGCAGUUCAAGUGUUGAGCAAUGCAGUUGGACAAGCUCUCCAGCGCCAUUAUUUAUCGGGAGAGGCAAACGAAACUGUGCAAUAUGAUGAAUCGGAUUUCUUCGAUUGUAUAAAUGUCCGAUCCACAACUGACCAUCAGAAGAAGCGCAAUGCCUUGCUAGCCCCGUACCAACGUGUAGAUGAUGAGUGA